AUGGGCAGUCUGGGCAUGGCUGAACAGGCUUUGGUUGAGAAGGCGUUGAAUGCUGGGCAACAAGUCAUGGCGCAUCAGAGCCUGCUCCUUGAUGAGAACUGGCGGCUGAUUGAGCAGAAUUUAGAGAAACAAGUUCGUACGUCGACAGUAUCGCGCAAGGUGGGCAUGGCGAAGGUGAUGAGUCACGAGGAUAUUGUACAUGCGGGAGUUUCGCAGACUCAAGAAACUGCCAGAUCGCCGACGGAAAUGGUGAAAAAGGGAUUGAGAGGUUCCCAAGGAACCAAAAAGUCAAGAACAGGCAAGGCUUCGACGCGUGCGAUUACACGAACAGGAAUUCAAGAGUCGCUGAAGUGGACCGAGCUCGACAUGAGAUAG